AUGUCGACCUUUGACGAGACUAUUGACAGUCCUCCCACCACCAAUGGUGCCAAUGCCAAUGGAACCCCAUUGAAGGAGACUGUCAUCAACAAUGCCUCAGCUGCCGUGAACAACAUUCAAAAUCACCCCAUCACACAAAACGUGGUCAAUGGUCCUGUUGCAACCUCGAUCAAGAAUGAAGCUGGUGCCACAAAGGACGAAUUCAGUGAUCUCGCCAGUUCUCGUCAAACUCCUGCCCACACCGCAGCCAACGAUACACCCCUCACCCACUAUCAUUCUUUCUUCUACACGCUUUUGACUUGGAAGAACAAGAGAGCCACUGGAAUCACCUUCCUGGCCGCAGUGGCUUUGAUUUUUGCAUUCCGUUAUCUUCCAGUCCUCCGAUAUGGCCUCAAGAUUACCUGGACCACCCUUGGAGUCGUGACCGCCGCUGAACUUGCCAGCAAAUUGGUGACUGGAUCGAGCGUCACCAGUGCUGUCCGACCUCGAAAAUACUACAAGAUUCCAAAGGAGUUCCUUGAAACCUCUCUCGAUGACGUGGAAAAUCUCAUCAACUUUUUUGUCAUUGAAGCUCAGCGAAUCGUGUUUGCCGAGAACGUCAUUGUUACUGCAGGCGCUUUUUUCUCAGCCCUCGUCUCCUACUACCUGAUCAAGUUGCUUCCUCUCUGGGGAUUUGCCUUGUUCAGCACCAUUGUCACCUUCCUGGCUCCUCUGAUCUACAUUGAGAACAAGGAGCUGAUUGAUUCUCAACUCGAACAUCUUGCCAAUGUCAUUGGUCAACAAACCAACCAGAUCAAAGAUUUGACUGCAGAACAUACCAGCAAGGGUUUUGAUACCGUCAAGCAAUACACUGGUGCAUAUACUGCCAAGGCACAGGACUUGGUUGGUAACAUCGGGGCUUCGCGACAGAAGAUUCCACCUCCAGCUGUCAAGGAGGAUGCUUUUCCAACUGCACCCAAGACCGAAUUCCCCACCUCCACUUUGGACACCAAGGUUGAGCAGGAACCAUUGCUUGCUUAG